AUGCUUGCUGAUCUGGAUGCAAUGCAAGAGACAAUUGAAUUGCUUGUUCUGCUCGAGCCGAUCAAUGUGGACUUCGCCAUCGAGGCUUUGACCAUUGAAAUUGAAGCCAUCCUUUUUGAUGUGUGGACUGAUAUCGAUCUGGAAGACCUCGUUCGAAUACUCACGCUGCCGAAAUUUGGUAAUUUAGAACAACUGAAGAAUGCAGUACGCUCGGUGAUUAUCGACUUGCAUUAUGAUCGAUUCCAGAGGGAAUAUAACCAACAUUCGACCGGUAUGCGAUGUGCUUUGUACCGAGAACUGAUAGCCACCGGCAACCUGAGUGAAAAUUUAAAAUCACUGCCAAGCGAACUCGAUCUGCUCGAAGAGAUGAGGAUCAAGAAGAGCUUCGUCAAGAAAACGAUGACCACUAACGAUGUGUGA